UUUAUAAAAGGCACGCAUUAGCUAAGAUCAGUCCAUCUAUCAUCAUAACAUUGGCCAAGAAGAAGUAGAGAACACAACAUGAAUGGCUACUACAAAAUGGAUUCAACCGACCAGAACCCCGACCCGGUCGAUCUCCUGCAGACCCAGAAACCCGAUCAAGAACUUGCUGAGAUGAAACCGAGGCUGAGCAGGAACAGGUCAGUGGCUGCAUCAGGGCAAGUGCUUCGCUCACCAAUGAAGACUGCUAUGUCUAUGAGAAGAUCUUCGUCUGUAUCUGAACGUUACUGUAGAAUCUAUGACCAGAGCUCUGUCACGUUUCCUCUUCCUUUCAAUGAAGAAGAUGAAGAAAAUGAUAAGGAGGGGAUACAUAAGAAGAAGAGCAACAAAAUCAAGAAAAAAGCAUUAGUAAAGGCUUGUAAGCGAUUCUUUGGGAUCUCUUGAAACUCUUUUUUUUUUUCAUCUACCAUAUUAUAUAGAUCUCAUCUCUUACCACUUCUUAUGAAACGUUUAAUACAAGAAAAUGUAUCUUACAAUAUCUAUCGACUGUUUCAAAUAUUCUAUCAUUGAUUUUGACGUAUUUUGCUUUCUUGAUAAGAUUAUACUAUCUUAAGUUUUUUUAUCUGUUUCGAAACUCGAGAACUAUCAAGAAAUCUAAGAGAGUAUGAAUAUUUUCUUGUAUUGAUUAAUGAAAUCUUGAGACCAACAUGUACAUAUCGAUUUAACUUAGGCUCCAACAGAUUUGGAAGAUUACAAACCAAAUGUAUACGUAUAUUCAAAGCCAUGUAUCCGUUAUACAAACCGAAUACUAUGGAUCACCCAUUGCGUUUCUCAAGUCCGAAUCCAUCUAAACAACAAGAAAAUCUGUCUAAAGAUAACAUGCAUAUGAUAAUCAUCCAAUCCGUUAUACAAACCGAAUACUAUGGAUCACCCAUUGCGUUUCUCAAGUCUGAAUCCAUCUAAACAACAAGAAAAUCUGUCUAAAGAUAACAUGCAUAUGAUAAUCAUCCAACCAUUAAGAUUAAUAAAUUGAAUAUUAUUUAUUCGGAAGAUGAAGAUUACCCAUUGAUUCCAAGAUUGUCCUUAGUGUAAAACUCGACCAAGAAUCGUCGAGCCCCAUGCACUUGCACAUGGAGUUCUCUAUAUAUAUACAUAUAUAUAUA